CCCCUAGGGUUUAUCUUUCUCGCGAUCAUCUGCAAUUGCUUACCAUGGCGACGGCAAAGACUGUGAAAGACGUCUCUCCUCACGAGUUCGUCAAGGCCUAUGCGGCUCAUCUUAAGAGAUCUGGAAAGGUUGAACUUCCACCAUGGACAGACAUAGUUAAGACUGCAAGAUUCAAAGAGCUUGCUCCUUAUGACCCUGAUUGGUAUUAUGUCAGAGCUGCAUCCAUGGCUAGGAAGAUCUAUUUGAGGGGAGGUCUCGGUGUGGGGGCAUUUAAGCGGAUUUAUGGUGGAAGCCAGAGGAAUGGAAGUCGCCCACCACACUUCUGCAAAAGCAGUGGUGCUAUUGCUCGUCAUAUUCUACAACAGUUGCAGGAAAUGAACAUUGUUGAUGUUGAUACCAAGGGUGGAAGAAGAAUCACCUCAAGCGGACGACGGGAUCUCGAUCAAGUUGCUGGCCGCAUUGUUGUUGCCCCUUGAUUGAUAAAUUGCCUAUUUUGAUAAUUAGAGACGAGCGUUUUGCUGAUGAGAUACGGAUUAUGCGUGGAAGUUUUGGAUUAAGCUGUUGAAACAUUUUCAAAUGAAGAUAAUCAAUCUCGUGUUUUCAUAGUUUUGAUGAUCUUUCAGGUCAUUUUCAAUUCCUUGGUUAUUUUUGGGUUUUUAAAUAUUAUCAACAGUAAUUAUGAUGUUUGGCAA